AACAAACAAACCAUUUAGUGGAAGAGAGUACAAGAGGAAGUUUAGGACGAACAUACGUGAAAACAAGGAAGUUCGGAGCAGCGCACAGAGAAUGUUGGACGAAACCGUAUCCUUGCGAAUUUGCCAGGAUGGUCAUGCCAAUGCAUUGGCCUUGAAUAGGGAUUGCAACCAAAUUGCUGUAGCUGGAAGGAGUUUGCUUAAACUAUUUGCCAUAGACAGUGACGAUGGCGGCUUCACUGAAGUUUGUAAUAUGCGCAGCGGUAAAAAUCAAAAUUUAAGCUACUCUUCUAACGAUGUUGCCUGGAGCUCAUUGGAUAAUAAUAUAUUAGCCACUGCGGCUACUAAUGGUGUAGUAUCUGUAUGGGAUCUUUCAAAGUUCGGAAGACAAAAACAACUUCUGGUCUACAAUGAUCAUCAGCGUACAGCACACACCGUAACCUUUCACAGCAGUGAAAUGAAUCUUUUGAUAUCUGGGUCACAGGAUGGAACCAUUAAAUGUUUUGAUACAAGAUGUGACAAGGCCGUUAAUACGUUCUACAGUAAUUCGGAGUCAGUACGCGAUGUGAAAUUUAGUCCGCACAGUCCCCAUACCUUUUCGGCAGUAUCUGAAAAUGGUACGGUGCAAUUAUGGGAUUUACGAAGAGCCGACAAGUGUAUAUUACAGUUUACGGCUCAUAGUGAUCCAAUAUACACUUGCGACUGGCAUCCCACAAAUAAUUGGCUGGCCACUGGUAGUAGAGAUAAACAGAUCAAGAUUUGGAAUAUGGAUGGAAAAGCGUCUUUGGACCAUACAAUACACACAAUAGCUGUUGUGGGACGUGUCAAAUGGAGACCCGAAAAAACUUAUCACAUUGCAAGUUGUGCAUUGGUGGUUGAUUAUAGUAUUCACAUUUGGGACAUACGUCGCCCGUUCAUACCAUUUGCCUCGUUUAAUGAUCACACAAAUGUUACUACUGGCAUUGUUUGGAAGGGAACGGAUACAAACUGCCUAAUUUCUACAAGUAAGGAUUCAACAAUCUAUAAACAUGCAUUCAAGGAUGCUUCGCGGCCAGCAUUAAAAGCCAAUGCACAAGGAGCCAGUUUGGGAAGAAAGGGUGAUAUUUCAUUUGCCAAUAAAUUGAAAUACUUUUUGCCAGUAACUGCUGCACAAGUUGUUAAAUCGAAUAGCAAUUACAACAACAAUAUGAUCACACGCCAAAGAUCAAUGACAGGGACAGAACAAUUUCAUAUCGGAAAAUCCGAUAUGUGUAGAUUCCUCCUCAAUCCUUCGUAUACGGGCUAUGUGGAUCCUGAAAUUUCAGUAGAACUAAAAGAGCACGAAUGCUUUAUUGGCUGUGCCAAGGAACUAAUAUUAUCGGGUAAGAAGUUAGCGGAUAUUUGUAAACACAACGCCAGUGUUUGUCGCAAAUAUGGUAAACACAAUGCGACAACUUUGUGGAAUUUUGUUGAAAUUGCAUACGGAUCAAAUGAGUUGAAUAAGUUAAAAUACGAACAUCGCAACUCAUUCUCGACACAGAAAAAUUCACAAGCAUCACGGCGACCAACACAGGUUGUCAAUACGGACGUUCUAAAAUGGGAUCACAAUGAAAAUAACAAUGUAAAUGGCUCCGAUAAUGACACGGAACUCAAGUCUCAAGACGACGAUCUUAUGGAUCAUAAUGGACCAGGUGGCAAACAAUUCUAUCCUCCCUAUGGUUCAGUGAUUCUAUCCGAAUCACAAAUUUUGACUGAAAUAACAUUUGACAAUUUUGAUAAUUUACGUAACGGGUUUACUUAUGUUGGACCACCGGAUAUUUCUAAAGCUUUAGCACUGCCUGAAACAACUUUACACUGUGAUGUCCAGGCGGCACGACCACAGCUGGAUAUUAACGCUGAUGAUCGUGACAAAUCGCCGCCCCCCAAUAUGCCAGUUGAGCUCAAAGUCACAUCAAUACCGCCGGUACCUUUGUGGGAGCCUCACCAAUUUAUAACUGAUGCUUUAUUGCUGCAAAACGAUGUUGGUGAUGUUCAGACUGCAUUGUCUGUUUUGAUUGCCAUGGGUGAAAAUCGUAAAUAUCUUCCCAUUAAUGAAGCCCUAAUUGAACACUGGUUCCAAACCUACAUCGAUCAGUUACAUCGUUAUCAAAUGUGGAAUGAAGCUUGCCGAGUGAUAAAUCUUUCGUGGCUAAGAUCUGUUCGUGAACUUAAUCAAAAAUCAACCACAGUGCAUACGAAUUGCGGUGAUUGCGGAAGACCAUUGGGUGGAAGUGUGGGCUGGUACUGUCAAAAGUGCAAAUCAAUGCGUUUGGCCAAAUGUUCUAUUUGUGGACUGAUUGUGAGGGGCCUUUAUGCAUGGUGUCAGGGCUGUUCACACGGUGGACAUUUGCAACAUUUAAUGGCAUAUUUUGCAAACAAUUCAAAUUGUCCCAAAUGUGGUCAUCUAUGUGAAUAUAACUAAACCCAAAUACAAGCAAAUUAGGUAAACAUUUAUUAAGACAAAUCCAAAAGAUUUUUGCAAAUUAAAAGAUAGAUAUUUUUGUAUAUAAUUUUUAAUUGAUAAAUGUACUUUUAAACGGCAAUAUACAUACUACCUUCGGAAGGCAUCAAAAGAAGAAAAAAGAUACACAAAUAAAAACAACAGAUUAAAACAUGUAACAAA